AAUCCACGAGAUUUCUUUUCUUCCUCCCUUUUGGGGUUUCUUCAAAUUAAGACAAAUGGACACAUAAAAUUCGCGAGUUUUUGGUUUGUAGUUUGCUUGCACGGAAGAAAUUGUUGAAAAAACUGAUAACUUUAUCCAAAUAAGGAUAUUUCGGUGGUUAUUGUUUCCGGGAAAAGAAAUCUCUUUCCCGGAAAAGUUGAGGCCACAGACAGACUUCCCACUUUUUCUCAGCCGAUUUCACUCGACGCCUAUCAAUCUAUGCUCUCGUGGAAAUUGGAAUCUGACAAUUAAAAGAUUGUUUUUUUUUUUUUUAGAAAAAAAAAAUUAGAAAUGGGCCUUAAAAAUUCAAGCCACGGCCCAAAUAUCCAUUUCUCCUAGCGAGCCCACGAGCUUAAAACGACACUGUCAUGGCUUCCUUCGCCAUCGUGCGUCGAGUUUUAUAACAGAAGUACCAGACGAAACACUCCGAGGAGAGAGAGAGAGAGAGAGAGAGAGAGAGAGAGAGAAAUCAGAAAGCGAAAAAGGAAGAGAUGGAAAUGGCGACCAAGACCGAUGUCAGAGCGGAUCGAAGGAGAAGAAUUUCAAGCCGAGAAGGGGAUCGAAUGGCUCUCAUCACCGGCCGCUUGCGAAAUCUGCCUCCUUCGCCACCGCCUUCUCCCUCUUCGCCGCCAUUUUUUCAUCAUUAUGCACAUCAACGCGGCCAUUCGCACACUGGAAUCAACCCGUCCUUCUUCGCAAAGGACACCCACAAGAAUCCCGAUUCCGGUCCUCUCUCUCAAAACCACGAUGUUUCCAAGCCCAAGGAUGAAAAGGCUCCCCCUCUACUGAAGCAUAUUUCAAUCAAUGAAGUUCAUAAUAAUGCUGCCAUAGAAUACCAUUUCAAUCCUAAAAAACUAGACCCCAUAGGAGAAGGAAGCACUGAACUAAUCUUAAGUCCGUCUUCCGUAACAAUGGUUCAGAAGGCCUGCAUUGAUAACGAACCACUGCCAAAAACAAAGCCCUCAAAGCCUAGACUCAUCACUUCAAAACGACUAAAUGCCAGCAUUUUAGCUUCUCAAACCACACGAGUUUUCUGUUCGCUGAUCAUCGCAUCGUUGGCCAUUCUAUCGCAAGUCGAUAUCCCACUUACCAUAAUUAGAAACAUAGUGAGGUCAGAGACUGUGAUGGCCUCAAAACCUCUCUACAUUCUACUGCUCACCAAUGCAACGAUCGUGGUGGCGAGAAUGUUGGCUGAAAAACAGAAAGACAGGGGGGAGGCAGAGGAAGAAUGUGAGAAAAUGAAGGAAGAUGCACAGAACUGGGACUCAGCUGUGAAAGUUUUGGAGAGAGGUUUGGUGUUUUACCAAGCUUUUCGUGCAUUUUUCAUUGAUUUUAGUGUUUAUGCAGUGGUUGUUAUCUGUGGCCUCUCUGUGCUGUAUGUGUUUGGUUUGAUCUAGUGAACCAUCUUCAGUUCCUUGGAGCUUAGCAGAUGGAUCACAUUUUGAAAGAUUGCUGGUUUCAUUAUGUUCUUUCUUUGAAAGGUACAUAUACAUAUUUGAAGAGCACCA